AUGUCAAAAUCUAGUGGAAAUGUAAUUGACCCGGUUGAUUUAAUAGACGGGGCAACUCUUGGCGAACUUCAAAAGAGAUUAGAAGAAGGUAACUUGGCUAAAGAAGAGGUGGAAGCUGCCAAAGAAAAACAAAAGAAAGACUUUCCCAACGGUAUACCUGAAUGUGGUGCUGAUGCUCUUCGGUUUGCACUCGUCUCUUACACUGCUCAGUCUGACAAAAUAAACUUGAACAUUCGCCGUGUGGGUGGUUACCGUCAAUGGUGUAACAAGCUAUGGAACGCAGUCAGGUUUGCGUUGAUAAGACUCGGCGAUGGUUAUUCCCCUCCUCUGGCUUUAAGCCCUGAAACGAUGCCGUUGAGCUGCCAAUGGAUUCUCUCUGUGCUAAACAAGGCCAUAUCUAAGACGGUGGAGUCACUGGAUGCAUUUGAGUUUUCGGAUGCAGCCAACACGGUUUAUGCAUGGUGGCAAUAUCAGUUUUGUGAUGUGUUCAUUGAAGCUAUCAAGCCUUAUUUUAGUGGUGCUGGUGAUAAUAAUAGCCUAGAGAAGGCUCAUGCGCAACAUACUCUAUGGGUAUGUUUGGAGACUGGUUUGAGACUGCUUCACCCGUUUAUGCCAUUUAUUACUGAAGAGCUAUGGCAACGGCUGCCUUCACCUAAGAGCUUUGAAAGAAAGGCUUCUAUUGUGAUAUGUGACUAUCCAUCUACUAUAGAGAAUUGGACUAAUGAGAAAGUGGAGACUGAAAUGGAAACUGUUUUAGCGAGUGUGAGGUCUCUGAGGGCACUCAGGGAUGAGUUGCGGGGGAAACAGAAGAACGAAAAGUUACCUGGUUUUGCUAUGUGUGAAAACAACUUAACAUCCGAGAUUGUAAAGUCUCAUGAGUUGGAGAUUAAAACACUUGCAAAUCUAUCGUCCUUAGAGGUUCUGUUGAAGGGAGAACACUCAGCUCCAGCUGGUUCUGCAGUUGAGACGGUGAACGAGAACCUCAAGGUGUAUCUCAAAGUGGACAGAGCUAUUAACGCAGAAGCUGAACAAGAAAAGAUCAGACACAAGAUUGCUGAACUACAAAAACAAAAGGAGAAGUUACAGAAGAUGAUGAGUGCGUCAGGGUAA